AUGCAUUUGCCAGUGGCAGCCCGAGAUCCGAGCGCAUUGUCCGACUACGCCGAUAUUGCUGUGCGGUUGCGGGAGCGACUUGAGGAACGAUAUAGAGACGAUAUCGAACCUGGCCCGGGAACAAAAGAUUCCCGUCACCUCGGAACAGACUUCGAUUUUGUUCUAAUCGAUGGAACUUUCGUGUACGGUACGAUGAAAACCGCCAGAUUAUCCGUGGACCGAUGA